UCCACCGGAUCUCAAAGAAAAUUAAACACACUACUUCUUGAGUCUUUGUUAGAACAGUUCCGCUACAAACAAAUGGCUUCAAGAACCUCUCUUGCACUCUUCCUUGCUGUCAACCUCCUCCUCUUCACUUACACUUCCGCUACAUGCUACAAGUGCAUCCCCACGCCAGCCACCCCAGCCACCCCAACCACCCCAACCACCCCAACAACCCCAAGCACCCCAAGCACAGGCUCUUGUCCUAGAGAUUCCCUACAGCUAGGUGUUUGCGCUAAUGUGCUCAAACUAGUGGACCUAACAUUGGGAAACCCACCCGUAAAGCCAUGCUGCUCUCUCAUUGCAGGCUUGGCUGACCUUGAGGCUGCGGUCUGUCUCUGUACCGUUCUCAAGGCUAACAUUCUUGGCAUCAAACUUAACCUUCCCAUCAAUCUGAGCGUACUCCUCAAUGUUUGUAGUAGAAAAGCUCCAAAGAAUUUCCAAUGCGCAUAAGUUGAGUACUUAUCUAAAGCCAACCUUACAAAAACAAAUCAUAUGGUUUACGAAUGCGUGAACUUAUUACCUUAUCUUCUUGUGGUUUUUUAAUUGGUGUGAUUUUUUUCUUUUUUGUAUUUCUCGUGGAUUGUUUUAAAUGGUGAACGUAACUUUCAUCAUGCAAUAAUAUGGAUUAUGUAUCGGUCUUUCUGUGUGUAAUCGGCAAGUUCGUACUUCUUUUUCUUCAUUGUUCAUCUAUAUCUGUUGUAUUUGUUUCUUUUGAAUUUGAUUAAUAAAAGUACCAAGCGAUGUUGUUGUUUA